CUAGUUCUUCUCACUAGCUUCUGUGGUAGAGCGGUGAAACAACAGACAAACUACAGGAUAACACAAUGGCUCAAAUGGACACAGAGUUUGGUGUGAAGGGCAGCAGUUUCAUCAGGGAAUGGAGUGGACAGGUCCAGCCUGCUCUGGUCGCCUCCUUUGUUUUCCUCUUCUGCCUGGAAGCCUGUCUGUGGGUCAGGAACCUUAGGCUCAAAAGAAGACUGCCGGGGCCCUUCGCCUGGCCAGUGGUCGGCAACGCCAUGCAACUGGGCCAGAUGCCUCACAUCACCUUUGCCAAGCUAGCCAAAAGAUAUGGCAAUGUGUACCAGAUACGGCUGGGCUGCAACGACAUUGUGGUUCUGAAUGGAGACAGGGCGAUACGUGAGGCUCUCAUACAGCACAGCACAGAGUUUGCAGGCAGACCAAACUUUGUCUCUUUUCAGGCUAUCUCAGGGGGGAAAAGUAUGACUUUCAGUAAUUACAGCAAACAGUGGAAGAUGCACAGGAAAAUUGCUCAAUCAACGAUCAGAGCAUUCUCAUCUGCCAACAGCCAGACCAAAAAAGCCUUUGAGCAGCAAAUUGUGGCUGAAGCCACAGAGCUAGUUGAGAUUUUCCUCAAACUCAGUGCUCAGGGCCAGUAUUUCAACCCUGCUCAUGAGCUGACAGUAGCUGCAGCAAAUGUAAUCUGUGCCUUGUGCUUUGGAGAACGUUAUGGACAUGAUGAUGUUGAGUUUAGAGCCUUGUUACACAAGGUAGAUAAGUUUGGAGAGACAGUAGGGGCUGGCAGCUUGGUGGAUGUAAUGCCAUGGCUUCAGUCUUUCCCCAAUCCAGUCCGCAGCAUGUUCAAGAACUUCAAAGACCUGAAUAAAGAGUUCUUUGGGUUUGUCCAUAACAAGGUGCAGGAGCACAGAGAGACAUUUGAUCCAGAGGUAACGAGGGAUAUGAGUGAUGCCAUUAUUGGUGUGAUUGACAAGACUUACAGUGACAACGGCCUCACCAAAGGCCACACAGAAGGUACGGUGUCAGAUCUGAUUGGUGCAGGUCUGGAUACUGUCUCCACCGCUAUUCACUGGAUUCUCCUUCUGCUGGCUAGACACCCUGAGAUACAAACCAAACUCCAUGAGCUCCUUGACAAAGUGGUGGGGAGAAACAGGUUGCCGUCUGUUGAUGACAGAAGCAGCCUGGCCCACCUGGAUGCAUUCAUCUACGAAACCAUGCGCUUCACUAGCUUUGUCCCCAUCACCAUCCCCCAUUCCACAACCUCAGACGUCACCAUCGAAGGGCUUCACAUCCCCAAAGACACGGUGGUCUUCAUCAAUCAGUGGUCCAUCAAUCACGACCCACUGAAGUGGAAGGAUCCACAUAUCUUUGACCCAUUGCGUUUCCUGGAUGAAAAGGGCUCCCUAGACAAGGAUCUCACAAACAAUGUUAUGAUCUUUUCUGCAGGGAAGAGAAGAUGUAUUGGGAACCAGAUUGCCAAAGUUGAAAUAUUUUUGUUCUUUGCAAUUCUACUCCAUCAAUGUAGCUUUGAGAAAAGUGCUCAUGAGGACCUGUCCUUAGACUGCUCCUAUGGUUUAACACUAAAGCCUUUGAAUUACAAGAUUACUGCCAAACUCAGGGGAGAAUUACUCAAAGGCGAAUAAAAGUGUUGUAAAAGUGGUUAUCCAAUAAAGAACAGCAAUGCAAUUUAAGGUAUGUGUUCUAAAAUAAAUAUCUAUGCCUUGUAUCACAGAUGAAUUGUCUGUAAUGAGCUUUAACUAACCCCAAAUAUGCAAAUGAUAAGCAUUCUUUCUUCUACUAACAUUUAAAAUUGUGACUGGCAAGCAAUAUAAUCAUUCAAUUUGUUACAAGUUGCCAGAUAACGUAUUAAAAGUAAAACUUUGAAAAACUGUGACUGACUAAGAAAAUGUAAAUAUAUCUGGCUCUGUCACAUCAAGUAAGAAAAAAUGUAAUGAAAGCUUUUGAUUUGUUUGCCAAAAACCACAAUUCAUAAUAAACCUUAAGUAUGUAUUGUUAUUUUUAUGAGGGUAAAUAGCGGAAUCACCCUAAAUAGCAAUAUAAACCAGUGGCGAUGAAUGAUUUUCACUUUUUGUAAGCAUUUUGUUUUUCUCGCUGAUGGGGAGAAAUCACAUGCCAGCUGUGUGGUCUCAACAGAGCAGUAAUUUACCCAGACUCAUUUAUUUUCCCAUGUAUUGACCUUUUUCAUGUUUGAGCUUAAUACAAAUACAGUGUGCAAGUCACCUACAGUCACAUGCUCUUAAAUCAUGCAUAAUACUGUUGUAUUCUGAUAAUAACUCAUAUGUAAUAUAUGCUGAAAGCCUUACAGAACUUGCUAUAGGCUAUUAUGGCACACUGCAUUGUAACUGAAUAGCAAGCUGUGUAGGAUAUCUAAAUAAUGUUUUGCAUGAUGAACAUGACCCAGUGUGAUACACUCUGUACUGUACAAUGUACAUUAAACAAUUUGUAUGGAUUUCUAA